CCUAAAGCGCACGCGGAUUGGCUACGGGCUCGCGGAAGAUGCAGUCCUAUUUAGAGUAGUUGAUGUUCGGCGGAGAGGAGAGAAAACAGCCCGUGUGAGAGUCCAGGUGAAGGUGCCCAGGUGUUUUAUUCAUACAGGAUGAUGCGUCCUCUGCUCAUGUUUGUGGUCCUCUGCGUAGUGUCUGCCAGCAGUAAACCCACAGAGAAGAAAGAUCGUGUUCAUCAUGACCAACCUCUAAGUGAACUCAAACAUGACGACUCCCAAAACUACGAUUAUGACCACGAAGCCUUCCUUGGCCAUGAUGAGGCCCAAACCUUUAAUGAACUGUCACCUGAAGAAAGCCUACGGAGAUUGGGAAUCAUUGUGGAUAAAAUUGACACCAACAAGGACGGUUUUGUCUCCGAGGAGGAGCUGAAAAUAUGGAUAAAAAACGCUCAGAAAAAACACAUCUAUGACAGUGUUGAGAAUCAGUGGAAGGACUAUGACGUAAACAAUGACGGUCACAUCACCUGGGAGGAGUACAAGAAUGUGACCUAUGGCAGUUACUUGGAGGACCCUCAGGCAGACAUUGAGUACAACUACACCCACAUGAUGAACAGGGAUGAGCGGCGUUUCCGUGUUGCUGACAAAAAUGGUGAUCUGAUGACAACCAAAGAGGAGUUCACUGCCUUCCUCCAUCCUGAGGAUUUCGCUCACAUGAAAGAAAUUGUGGUGCAGGAAACAAUCGAAGACAUUGACAGGAACGGAGAUGGCUUCAUCGACCUGAAAGAGUACAUUGGGGAUAUGUACUCUCCAGAGGAAGGUAAAGAAGAGCCUGAGUGGGUGAAAUCCGAGCAGCAGCAGUUUGUUGAGUUUAGGGACAAAAAUGGUGACGGAAAAAUGGACAGAGAAGAGACUCUGGACUGGAUCCUCCCGUCAGACUAUGACCAUGCUGAGGCUGAGGCCAAACACCUGCUGAGUCAGGCAGACACCAACAAGGAUGGUAAACUAUCAAAGGAGGAGAUCCUGAAUAAACAUGAAGUGUUUGUUGGGAGUCAGGUGACUGACUUUGGGGAGGCAUUGCUGCGACAUGAUGAGUUUUAGAGCUAAUUUUGAUUUUAAGGAUUUUUUUCUCAAUCAGAGGAAUAAUUUAUUUGUACACCUGCCGAAGGCAAAUUUUUGGAAAUGUUUACAUUUGGUUUGUUGUUACAGUCACCUGAAAAGUCUGAAUGAGCUCUCAUUGGGUAUUUUAGCAUUUUGAAGUUGUUUUUCAGGAGCUAAUGUUCAGCCCAUUUAAGGCGGUUUGAUUAAAAAAGAAAACCAUGGUCAAUGUUUUUAUAUUAUUAUUAUUUUUUUGUUUCCUCUUUUGUGUGACUGUGCAUAGUUUUAUGAUUGUGACAUGAAGAUUCCAAGGGCCAAAGGUGCUGGAGAUAAAAUAUCAAUGUUGUGUUCCUGUUAAACAUGUUUAAAUAUCACAUUCAUAUUUUGGUCAACAUACUGUACUUUCACCUGUACAGUCACUAAUAUAAAAAUAAACAGUUGUUUGUUUUUUUUUGAA